UUUUGCUACACUAUUACAUAUACGAUAAAAUUAAAAUUUAUUUAAAGUUGUGAUUAAUAAUGCAACAAAAUAAUAGAGAAAGGUGUUGUACCACGGACAGUUUAUUUUUACUUUUUUAAUUUUUAGAAAAAAGAGAACGCUUGAACUACUGAAUAUGUAAACAUUUAAAAAUAAAUUAUUUAAGUUCAUUACCCGAUAUGAAACCGAGUCAUUCGUUCUGAUUAUCGUGAUAAUAGGAUAUCCUGGCGCCAAAGAAGGGAAAAGUAUCCAUGGCAUUUCAGUCCAAGUGUACCAUGGCCUGCAAUACCCUGCCUUGAAUAUUGUGAAAUAUUUUAUUCAAUAUACUUAAUCAGUAAUCAGACGCUAUACCUGAGGCCUAAGAUACACUACUACUUACGUAAGUAGGGAUAGAGCUAUUUGUUAGAAUGAGAUACUUAAUGAUAUUCAUCUCUCAUUCUGUAGUAUAGCGUAUAGCUGUGUCCCUUGGUCGCUACUUACGUAAGUAAAUUACAUGUGUUUACACCUUUGUGCUUUGGCCUAAUAGUCUCAAGUUUCGUAAGUAAAAUCUUGGUAAAAUCACUUAGCACAUGGCAUAUAUUCCAAAAUAUAGGCAUUAAGUGCACAUGUGUAUUUGGAUAUCGUCAAGUGUUUGUUUGUUUAGAGGUACAACCGCUUUCCCUGCUGAUCAACGUUCUUACACUAGCCAUCACAUUACCUUUGACGAAGUAUCAAAGCAAGUGCAUCACCUAAGAGAUGUUAUACUAUGGGAUAUUCAGAGUGGUUUUGAGAUGCAAUGUCAAUGUUACGACUUGGAUGAAACUAGUUUCCUCAAUCACUUGACGUUUACAAAAUUUUGGUUUAUCCGCGUCUCGAGUGUAAACAAGAAACGUUUCUGCCUGGUGUUACUUGAAGACGACAUUCCAUGCGCUUGGACGUUGUCUCUGUUGUUGAAAUCUAUCUGGAAUUGUCGUCCGAAAGAUGCCGUUGCGUCGCAAUCUGAAGCCACUGUUUGGACCAGCUAUGAUCAGACUCCCAUGGAUCACAACAGAACGGCGACACCUUUAGAGAUGCUAGUAGAAGUCAUGGAAGCGGAUCGUAAAUAUUUUCGAACCCUGGACUCGAGUCACAAAGCCGAAUUCAUGUCAGAGCUGCUCAAGAUCGCUGGUGGUCCCAUCGUGUGGGCGGUGUUUCACAAAGCCCAGACUAUUUUCGACGAGUACCGCGAGGAACAGCUCCAGAAUUUACUAGAGAGUGCAGCGGUUGUUGAAGGACAUGAAACAUCGAUGCCGAUGGACGAUAAGGGCAAGAAAGAUCCACGUCGUAAACCUUCUGCGACCGAAGCUGGAGAUGCUGGGGCUACUCUUCCGGCUCCGAAAGACCCACAGCGGGAGCUUGAAGUAUGUUUGGCUCAAUGGACAUCUAUCAUCAGGUCUGUGAAAGACAGCCAAAAACUAGAGGAAGUGGAGUUAAUAUUCAGCGAUGGGACGAAAAAGAGGAUUUGGAAGAUUAACAGACCUAAACCGGAAGUCACUGAGACUGUGGAUUAUCUUCAGUUACUACCGCAAGCGCUGGCCAAGCGAAUAUUGAAUUUUUUGCCUCGGGUGGAACUGGCUGAAUGUGCGCGGGUCAACCGAUACUGGGCGUAUCUCGUCGAAGAACUCAAGUCCGAGCUUGCCGCACGUCUCAGAAUUGAUAUGGACAUUGCAAAGCUGACGGAUAUAAUGCUCCGUCAUGACACAAUCAACCAGAGUAUGGACACGUUUAACACCGUGACUACGACCUCAAGCAGUGCUCUUACGUCUCGACAGUGUAUAAAACGGCAGAUUAACUCCAAGCAGCCCAGCCAAAAGUCUGGGGCUACAAAUAUAUUAAAAUGCGUUUUGCGUGAUACAAAAAUUAAGCUGCCUCCAAUUUGUAAUCUGGCAGAGCUUUCGGAGAGGCUAGACCGCCGGGGCGCGGCCGACGAUAGUUUGGUGGAUUGGUGCAAGACUGUACUCGCACAAUACAAUCCCGCAAAGGAUGGGGUCAAUCUACCCCCCAUAAGAAGACAAUUUCCGUCGAUGGAUAAUGGCAUCAUGGACUUUGCCGGCAUCACUUUCCCGUGUCCUUUGAUGAGUAUGAGACUGAAUCUGCCCCUGAAACCGCCGCUAUGCAAGGAUCCUACCGCUACAUCCUCGUACAAGAAAAAUAAAACUUCGAACAUCAGUGCUUCAAAAGUCAGAUUUUCAGAGCUGUACAAAAAGGGCUGCAUACGUUAUAACCUUUGGAGCCGAGAUUUUUCGAGUCUCUAUACCGCUUCGAAAAUUGCUAGUUAUAAAUCCCCAGUUUAAAUAGACAAAAAAUGAAUCUUCUAGCUA